CAAGUUAAUGAAGCAGCCGUCAGGGCUGGGGAAUGAUGUCAUUAAGGGAAAGAACUGGAAGCAACAUUCUUUUUGGCCUUUUUUUUUUUUUUUUUUUCUUGUUCAAUGAGUUUGUAAAUCCCAGCACAGUUCAUCACAUCUUGAAUAGUUUUACCCCCCCCAAGUUCAAAACUGGGAUUAAUUUGAGGAGGAGCUUUUACACUCGUGACAUCAUUUGUUAAUGUUGAGAAACAGAUUUGUUGUCCACUUCCAAGUCAGACUAUAUAUAAACGGGCCACACUGAAGACAGAAGAGCUAACAUCACCAUGUCCCAACAACCGCAAGAAGAAGAAGUGCAGCGUCCUGCGGUCAGCCAAGAAGAGCUGGCUGAGAUGAAGAAUAGACUUGGUGGCAGUGGACCACUGAAGAGCAAAACUUUUGAAGUCAUGGAGGAGUGUGAGAAAAUGGGCAAAACUGCUCCAUCCGUGUUCAGUGGCGUGAGGUCAGGACGAGAGACGGCUUUGAACACGCGCUCAGGUCGACCCGCCAGGAAGUAGACCAAGACCACCUUCGCACUUGUGGCUCAGUGUUUGGUGGG